AUGUUCAGAGGAGGUGACAUCCUUAUUGGCGGAGUUUUUAAUGUGCCUACCAUUGUUGAUCAUCCAGAUCUUUCCUUUCAACGGCAACCAGAUUUUGGAAAAUGCAGAAACUUUUGGGUCAGAGGUUUCCGUUUUGUGUUGACAAUGAUUUUCGCCAUUGAAGAAAUCAACAGGAACCCUAAGCUGCUUCCUAACAUUACCCUGGGAUACCGGAUUUAUGAUACUUGUACCAUGCCACUCUUCAGUCUGAAAGCAAGUUUUGAGUUUCUAAACAGAGGUGAAGACACGUCUUCCAAUUGCCGAAUUUCCUCUACAGUAUCUGCCGUUGUUGGUGAGUCUGGAUCCUCGCAGUCUAUAGCAAUGGCCACGCUAUUCGGUCCAUUCAGCAUUCCCAUGGUCAGUUACUUUUCCACCUGUGCAUGCCUGAGUAACAGGAAGGAAUAUCCAUCGUUUUUCAGAACGAUACCGAGUGACAAAUUUCAGGCAAGAGCCUUAGCCCAACUGGUAAAGCACUUUGGUUGGACGUGGAUCGGGACAAUCAGGAAUGAUGAUGAUUAUGGAAACUUUGGGAUGCAAGCUUUCACCGAAACUGUCCAACAAUUGGGAAUUUGCAUUGCUUUCUCCGAGUCUAUUCACAGAACCUACCACAGAGACAAGCUACUUCGAAUCGUAGAUACUGUACGGAAAUCUUCAACCAAAGUUAUUGUGGCGUUCGUUGAUGUUGUGGAAAUAAAAACUUUAGUGAAUGAGUUUGCACAACAGAAUGUGACUGGUAUACAAUGGAUUGGAAGUGAGGCUUGGGUAUCGUCACAAUUUUUAUCCCAGGAAAAGAGCAGGCGGCUUGUUUGUGGCACAUUGGGUGUUGCAAUUCGCCAGGUAGAUAUCCCAGGACUGAGAGAAUUUCUAAUGGACGUCCAUCCCUCCAUGUAUCCCGGCAACCGUUUAGUGAAAGAAUUUUGGGAAUCAACUUUUGGCUGUGCAUUGAAGGGCAGAGAUAACACAACCGAUGAUGUAUCCUCCACUAUGAUGAAGGAAUGCACUGGAAAAGAGAGUUUGUGGAUGACACGCAAUGAACUUACUGAUGAAUCACAGUUCCGGGUUUCUUACAAUGUGUAUAAAGCUACAUAUGCGAUAGCCUACGCUCUUCAUGACAUGCUGUUGUGUAAAACGAGCAAAAAUCGAUUUCUCCAAAAAGGUUGUGCAAAUAUCUCAAGUUUUCAACCCUUGCAGCUUCUGCAUUACAUGAAAACCGUGAAUUUCACGACCAAGAUUGGUGAAACAAUACAUUUUGAUGAUCAUGGAGAUCCGGUGGCCAUCUAUGACAUCGUAAACUGGCAACCGAAUGCAGCUGGUGGCGUGGACGUUGUCGUUGUUGGGGUCUAUGACGGCUCAGCCCCUCCAGGACAAGAAAUUGUGAUCAAGGAUGAAUUGAUUUUAUGGAGUGGAGGGCAGAUGACGGUUCCAAGAGCAAUUUGCUCGGAAAGCUGUCCCAUUGGGACAAGGAAAGCGACAAGGAAAGGACAACCCCUUUGCUGCUUUGACUGCAUAAAAUGCGCUAAUGGUGAAAUUAGCAACGUCACUGAUUCAACAGAUUGUCUUAAAUGUCCAUGGGAAUAUCGGUCCAACUGGAGACGAGAUGAAUGCAUAUUAAAGGACAUUGUGUUUCUUUCUUUUGGCGAUCUGUUGGGGAUUAUUUUGGUGACUUUGGCAUUUCUCGGAGCCUCCAUCACAAUCGGUGUACUUGUUUUGUUUUAUGUUCACAGGAAUACUCCAAUUGUUAAAGCCAACAACUCCGAGUUGAGCUUUUUGCUGCUUUGUGCAUUGACUCUGUGUUUUCUGUGCUCAGUGACAUUCCUUGGAGAACCUUCCAGCUGGUCUUGUAUAUUGCGUCACACAGCAUUUGGUGUCAUUUUUGUUCUUUGCAUUUCGUGUGUUUUGAGUAAAACAGUUGUUGUGGUGAUGGCGUUUCAUGCAGUCCUUCCCAGCAAUAAUAUGAUGAGAUGGUUUGGCCCGACACAGCAGCGUCUGUCUGUGUGUGUCCUUACACUGGUGCAAUGUUUCACAUGCACAGUCUGGCUGAGAACGUCACCGCCGCAUCCUUCAAAGAACGGUAAUUAUAGCAGCGAAAUAAUUGUUUUUGAGUGCAAUGUAGGUUCGCCGGUAGCCUUUUAUUGCAUGCUGGGCUAUAUUGGAUUUCUGUCUUGUGUGUGUUUUGUGGUUGCUUUUCUAGCUCGACAACUUCCAAACAAUUUCAAUGAAGCUAAACACAUAACUUUUAGUAUGCUUAUCUUUUGCGCUGUGUGGAUAACAUUUAUUCCAUCGUAUAUCAGCUCCCCUGGUAAAUAUGCAGUAGCUGUGGAAGUCUUUGCAAUUUUAGCAUCCAGCUCCGGGCUCGUUUUCUGCAUUUUUGCCCCUAAGUGUUACAUUCUCCUGUUGAGAAAAGACAGAAAUACAAAGAAGCACAUGAUGGUUAAAUGA